AUGGCAUCUCUCAAGUUAGUGUGUAGUGUACUUUGUGUGUUGGUCGCCGUCCAGACAGCUUCCGCCGACGAUGGAACCGUACGUGCCCUGCGAAAAGUGUACUCCCUCUGCGAAGACAGUGAUGAACUACUCAAGUGCAUCAAGGUCCAGGCCCUGAAACUGACGGACCGUGCUAUUAAACUGCCAAGCAUCAAGCUGGUUGAUGGAAUGUCGAUCGUGAAGAAGGCCGAAGGUGAAAACCAACAGCGGUCCCUGAACGAACCCUCGUUAAACGAACUCGAACUGAACAAGCUGUCCUCGGCCAAGAUCGAUGAACUGCUGUACCAACGUGCUGCCCGUUUCAUGGAUUCCCACCAGCUGUCGCUCAACGUGCCACGUAUGCUCGUCUCCGGCCAGCAGGAAACUGGACGUUUGGUCGAGGAAGGUCGCAAGAAGAUGAAAAAGUACCUCGGACCAUUCCUCGCUGCAAUGGCUAUCAAGGGAGGUAUCCUGACCAUGGUGUACCACUCCAUUGCUAUCGUCGCUGGUAAGGCUCUGAUAAUCGGUAAGAUCGCCCUGGUCAUCUCCGCUAUCAUCGGUCUGAAGAAGCUGGUCACCCCAGAAGGACACGAAAAGACCACCUACGAAAUCGUGAAGCACCCACAUGUCCAGCAGAGCCAUACCUACUCGUCGAACCAUGGUGAAUUCGAUACCCACGAAUCCGGACAGUUCCACCGUAGCUUCGGAAACUCCAUCAGCGACGAUAUGCAGAUGCAGGACCGUGCCUACCGGGCUCAUGUUCCCAAGAACUAA